CACUAAUCGCUAGACGAUUUCGUUUUGUAGAAGAUUGAUUCUACAUGGUAUUCAAUAAGGAAAGGGAAUCCUAUCUGUUUGAUUGUUAAUUUGCCUACGUAUAUAUAGACUACUCCCGAUCUAAUUCUAAUACGUGUACUAGGUUAUAAUUCUAUCUACCUCGUACACACACAUAUAUAUAUACACACACACACAAAGGCUUUCAUAUACCACUAUUGUUUAGGUUAAACAAAAAGAAGAACAAGAAGAAGAAGAUCGAAUAAGAAGAGCAAUGUCUGGAAAAAGACGAAUAAUCAGCAGAAAUCUUCCUGAAGAAAUAAUGGAAGAAAUUCUGCAUAAUCUUCCGAUAAAAUCGUUAUUGAGAUUCAAGUGCGUUUCGAAAUCAUGGUUGUUUACCAUCUCCAGCAAAGCUUUCAUCAAAGAGCACCUCAAGAGAUCGAUCGCCGAAGACGAAGAAAAACGAGGUUUGACCGAUUUGACCAAUCAUAAGCUCAUCUUCAAGUACGAAAGUUCUGAUCGAAGAACCAACGCCCCGUUGUCGUAUAAUCUAGGAUCCUGUUGUCUUGUUAACAAACCUGAAAUCACACCUACUCUCAACAUCGAUAUUCCCAUGCCAACGCCAAACGCGUGCCUCGUAAAUAUCAUGGGAUCUUGUAACGGGCUAAUACUCAUCAAAUUUAGAAAAUUAAUAUUAUGGAAUCCUUCAACUAGAAAACACAUGGUGAUUCCAUCUCCCUCUUUCGACCCGAUUCCUCAACAAGAUCUUUUUCACGUACGUUUGUAUCGUAUCCGAUAUGGGUUAGGGUAUGACGAGGCGAACGAUGAUUACAAGGUUGUCUCCAUUAGACAGUCCGACUAUCAACAACCCCAUCUUCAGACAAAGGUCUACAGUUCCAAGACGGAUUCUUGGAAGGAAAUCGAGUGUUCCAAUUUUAAGCAUUGUUUUCAGUCUACUCAUUACGGAGAGUAUGUCAAUGGAAGGCUUCAUUGGCUGGCUGAAUGCAACAAGAAUCGUGGCAAUCCUGAUAUUAUCUCCUUUGAUUUCAAGGAGGAGAAGUAA